AACACAUAAGUGAUCCCCCCAUUGAAAUGUAAACUUAGUCGCACCAUCAAGGUGGAUAGGCGCCAAUUACACCACUCGCACAUCCCUUGUGCCGCUUCCACCGAACCCCUUCCCGUCCUCCGAUUCCCCCACCAUUCAUCCACCCCAAUAAUAACCGCUAUAUGUACACAUCCACAUAUAAUAUCACCAACAACCACCAAAUUAGGUCACAGUAACCGUCUCAAAUGGCACAACCACCGGUUUCGCCGCCUCUCCCGCUCGCACCACCACCACCACCACAACCACCGCGACCGUUCCUCAAUUCCGCCGGAGGUUGUCAAGUUCGUUGCGCCGGUUGCCGGAUGAUACUUACCGUUGCGCCCGGGCUGACCGAGUUUGUUUGUCCUACGUGUCAGUUGCCGCAAAUGCUGCCGCCGGAGUUGUUGCGGCCACCGGCUCAGGUGCCGGCUCACGGUAUCGAUCCGAGUAAGAUCCAGCUACCGUGCGCUAACUGUAAGGCAAUUCUUAAUGUUCCUCAUGGUUUAUCGCGGUUCGCGUGUCCUCAGUGUAAGAUGGAACUUGCGGUUGAUCUGUCCAGGAUUAAGCAGUUUUAUCCUCCACCGCCUGAAGAAGUCAACGAGGUAGCUAUUGAUGUGGAACGAGAAGAAGAUGGUGGAGGUCCUGUGGGAGAAACAUUUACUGACUAUCGUCCACAAAAACUAUCUAUUGGUCCUCCACAUCCAGAUCCUAUUGUGGAAACUUCUUCUUUAUCUGCAGUACAGCCACCUGAACCCACAUAUGAUCUUAAAACAAAGGAUUACUUGGAAACUUCAAAAACAUUAUCAUGCUUGCAGAUUGAGACACUGGUUUACGCUUCUCAGAGGCAUCUACAACAUCUUGAAAACGGCUCCAGGGCGGGAUUUUUUCUUGGAGAUGGAGCUGGUGUUGGUAAAGGACGUACAAUUGCAGGGCUGAUUUGGGAGAAUUGGCAGCAUGGGAGGAGAAAAGCAUUGUGGAUUUCUGUUGGCUCAGACCUAAAAUUUGACGCACGCAGAGAUCUAGAUGAUGUUGGAGCAACAUGUAUUGAAGUGCAUGCUUUGAACAAACUCUCUUAUUCCAAGCUUGAUUCCAAGUCUGUUGGGAUUAGGGAGGGUGUUGUUUUCUUGACAUAUAGCAGCCUUAUAGCUUCUUCCGAGAAAGGACGUUCUCGAUUGCAGCAGCUUGUGCAGUGGUGUGGAUUAGAUUAUGAUGGCCUUAUCGUGUUUGAUGAGUGCCACAAGGCCAAAAAUUUGGUACCUGAAGCUGGAGGACAACCAACACGAACAGGCGAAGCGGUUCUUGAACUUCAGGCAAAACUACCUGAAGCACGUGUUGUUUAUUGUUCAGCAACUGGUGCAUCCGAACCCAGAAAUCUGGGUUACAUGGUACGACUUGGUCUCUGGGGAGCUGGGACAUCCUUUGAGGGUUUUCGUGAUUUUUUAGGUGCUUUGGAUAAAGGGGGAGUAGGAGCACUUGAGCUUGUUGCCAUGGACAUGAAAGCAAGAGGGAUGUAUGUAUGUCGGACUCUGAGUUAUAAAGGAGUAGAAUUCGAAGUUCUCGAGGUUCCACUGGAGGCUAAGAUGAUGGAGAUAUAUAAAAAAGCUGCUGAAUUUUGGGCUGAGUUGAGGGUGGAAUUGCUAUCUGCAAGUGCAUUUCUUGGUGAUGACAAGCCUAAUUCUAGUCAGUUGUGGAGAUUAUAUUGGGCGAGCCAUCAGCGUUUCUUUAGGUAUGUAUGCAUGUCAGCAAAGGUGCCUGCUGUUGUAAGCCUUUCUAAGCAGGCACUAACGGAGAAUAAGUGUGUUGUCAUUGGUCUUCAAAGUACUGGCGAGGCACGCACAGAGGAUGCAAUAACUAAAUACGGGAAUGACCUUGAUGAUUUCAUUUCUGGACCUCGUGAGCUGUUACUUAAAUUUGUUGAAGAAAACUAUCCUUUGCCUGAAAAGCCUGAACCUCUGCCAGCAGAAGAUAGUGUGAAGGAACUUCAACGUAAGAGGCACUCAGCAAAUCCUGAUGUUUCAUUUAGAGGGAGGGUUCGGAAAGCUGCAAAAUGGAAACCUGCAAGUGAUGAUGACAGCGCUGAAGAAUCAGAAUUAGCUGAUUCUGGCAACGAAUCCGUAGAAUCCGAUGAUGAAUUUCAGAUAUGCAACAUAUGCAAUUCAGAAGCGGAAAGAAAGAAAUUACUUCAGUGUUCAUGUUGUGGUCAACUUGUACAUCCAGCAUGUGUGGUCCCACCAGAAACAGAAGCGAUAUCUUCCGAUUGGUCUUGUCAUUCAUGCAAGGAAAAAACAGAGGAAUACCUCCAAGCAAGGCAUAUAUAUUUAGCAGAACUACAAAAAAGAUAUGAAGCUGCCACAGAGCGCAAGUCAAAGAUUUUGGAUAUAAUUCGUACUUUUGACCUUCCAAACAAUCCCUUGGAUGACAUUAUUGAUCAGCUUGGAGGCCCUGGUAAUGUUGCUGAAAUAACAGGGAGACGAGGUAUGCUUGUUAGAGCCUCUAAUGGAAAAGGGGUCACUUACCAGGCACGAAACACAAAGGAUAUAACUAUGGAAAUGGUCAACAUGCAUGAAAAACAGCUUUUCAUGGAUGGUAAGAAAUUGGUUGCCAUUAUUUCCGAAGCUGGAUCAGCAGGCGUUUCUUUGCAGGCUGAUAGAAGAGCACUGAACCAAAAAAGAAGGGUUCAUGUAACUUUAGAACUACCUUGGAGUGCGGACCGUGCAAUUCAGCAAUUUGGAAGGACUCAUCGUUCAAAUCAAGCUUCUGCACCUGAGUACAGGUUAUUGUUUACAAAUCUGGGAGGUGAACGUCGGUUUGCUUCCAUUGUUGCAAAGCGACUAGAGUCACUUGGAGCUUUAACACAAGGGGAUCGGCGGGCUGGACCAUCUCUUAGCGCCUAUAAUUAUGAUAGUUCGUAUGGGAAAAAAGCCUUGCUGAUGUUAUAUAGAGGAAUUAUGGAGCAGGAAUCUCUUCCGGUUGUGCCACCAAACUGUUCAUCUGACAAUCCUGCUACAAUCCGAGACUUUAUCGAAAAAGGCAAAGCUGCUCUUGUUUCCGUUGGCAUUGUUAGAGACAGCGUUGUUGGAAAUGGCAAGGAUUCUGGAAAGUUCUCUGGCCGCAUCAUUGAUUCAGAUAUGCACGAUGUUGGACGUUUUCUGAAUCGGCUUUUAGGACUGCCACCAGAGAUCCAAAACAAGCUAUUUGAAUUGUUUGUCAGUAUUCUUGAUCAUCUUCUUCACAACGCACGUCUCGAAGGACAUUUAGAUGCUGGGAUUGUUGAUAUGAAAGCUAAUACCAUUGAGUUACAAGGAACUCCAAAGACUGUUCAUACCGAUCAUAUGUCUGGGGCGUCCACUGUUCUAUUUACAUUUAUUAUGGAUCGUGGUAUUACCUGGGAGGCCGCAUCUGCAUUGCUUAACGAGAAACAAAAAGAUGCAUCUGCUUCUUCUGCUAAUGGAUUUUAUGAAUCCAAGAGAGAAUGGCUUGGAAGAAGGCACUUUCUUUUGGCCAUCGAAGGUUCUUUUGGUAUGUUUAAGAUAUUCCGCCCUGCUAUUGGUGAAACACUGAGGGAGAUGUCACUCACGGAGCUAAAAGACAAAUACAGAAAGACAGCAUCCUUAGAAAAGGCGCACAAUGGAUGGAAAGAUGAGUAUGAAGUUUCAUCUAAACAGUGCAUGCAUGGACCAAAUUGUAAGCUUGGAAGCUUUUGUACUGUUGGCAAAAGAAAGCAGGAAGUUAAUGUACUGGGCGGCCUUAUUCUCCCCGUUUGGGGAACCAUUGAGAAGGCCCUAUCUAAACAGGCACGCUUAAGCCAUAGACGACUACGCAUUGUGCGCAUUGAGACGACAACAGAUAGUCAGCGAAUUGUUGGACUUCUUGUUCCAAAUGCAGUAGUAGAAUCUGUACUUCAAGAUCUGUCGUGGGUUCAAGAAAUUGAUGACUAAGAUAGUUUAUGAUGGAUAAUAAUUAUUGUUAUUAUAUAUGUUUUUUUUUAUCUUUCAUCAAAGAUACCUAUAAAGGGAAGAUCAGCAGCCAACCAGGUGUUGCCAGUAGUUCUUUUGCAGUUUAUAAUUGGUGUUUGAUCUUUCUGCUUCAUUCUUUUGUACUCGGUCACGAAUUUUUUUGUAAUUAUUUUAACCAGGGGGAGAGGGGGUACUACUACUUUAUAGGUGUGAAUGUAUAAGUACCAGCUUGUGAUAUUUGCAUGCAGAUUCAUAUAACAUAUUUAUUUUGCAA